GCGCGGAGCGCUGCUGUUAACGCGAGUGAACGAGCCGAUGGACCGACCGCAGCACGGUCGGGAGACAUCUACGAUCGAUAAAGGCUCGUAGAGAGCUGAGAGCCCGAAAUCGCGUCGUGAGACGGAAAAUCGCGCGCGCGACAGAGAGAGAGAAACAGAGAAAGAUCAGCCGGCGAUCGAGGCGAGCAAGCGAUUGAAGCGAAGCGAGCGAGAAAACGCUUCGAGCGAGGAAAACGUCUUUAGCGAUUUUUCGCGACGCAAGCAGGACGGUGUCGGCGGCGGCGGCGGCGACGGUGGUAGUGGUGGUGGUAGUGGUGGCGUCGGUGGUGCGCGGCGCCGCGCGAUUAAUACAAUCGGCAGGUGAUUUCGCGUCCGCUGAUUAAAGCGCCAUGUCCCGCGAUGGACCAAUCAGCUGCUUGGUAAACCGCCGUGAGACCUCGAGUCUGGCCACAGACGAAUGACAACAAAAGAGACUGAUAGAAGUCGCGCGCGCGUGAGAGCGAACGAGCCGAGGCCCGAGUUUUUUCGCACGCGAGUGUUACCCCCGCGCGGUGAAGAGGUCCCCCCCUCGAGGGAGAGAGAGAGAGAGUGUGCGUGUGUGUAUCCGCCGCCGUCGCCGCGGCCCGCUUUUUUUCCGUUUUACCCCCCCGUAGCGCGCGCGUGUAGCGAGUAACGUCGCUUAAGCCUUGGUGGUGGUGAAAGGUGCCGUGAGGAAUAUGAAGAGGAGAAAUGUCGAGUGCGGUAAGCUUCGGAGGCCCUUGAAACGCAACAAGCUCACCGAGGGAAUCUACGGAAGUACCUUGCUCUAUCUGAAGUUUCUUCUGCUAUGGGCAAUGGUGAUCUUGGCAGACUUCAUUUUGGAAUUUCGUUUUGAAUUUUUGUGGCCGUUCUGGCUGCUCCUCCGAAGCGUUUACGAUUCCUUUAAAUAUCAAGGCUUGGCCUUCUCUGUAUUUUUUAUUUGUAUUGCACUUACGUCAGACAUGAUUUGCUUCUUUUUCAUCCCUGUGCAUUGGCUGUUUUUCGCUGCCAGCACUUAUGUUUGGGUGCAAUACGUCUGGCACACAGAUAAAGGAGUGUGUCUACCAACUGUGAUGCUGUGGCUACUAUUUCUAUAUAUAGAGGCUGCAGUGCGGUUGCGUGACUUGCGUCAUAUGCCAUUUCACCUAGACCUCUGUCGGCCGUUUGCAGCACAUUGCAUUGGCUAUCCUGUAGUUACAUUGGGCUUUGGUUUCAAGAGCUACGUAGGCUACAGAAUGAGGCAGAGAAAACAGAAAGACGUGGCAAAGGAGAACGAGUUCUAUCUACAAUUACUGCAGCAAGCACUGCCUCUAGAGCAACAAGCUAUGUCGAUGCAGCAAAUCCAAUCGCAAGUGCAGUCACAAACGCAACAAGUCACUGCGUCGUUAGAACAGCACGUCAAAACUCAAGCACACAAAUUGAGUCCACAGUAUAACCCAAGUCCUGAAAAAAGCAGAGGUAAGGGCAAUAACAAUUCCAUAGAAACGAACGUACAAAAUGGCGGGGUGCACAAUAGUAGCCAGGUCACAUCACAAACACAGAGUGCUACUACCAAAAGUACUCAUAGAAAAUCCUUAGACAAGAGUGAAAAGCAGGAAGAACAGCAUAAUAAACACAAUGUAUCAAAUAAUUCACCGUCGGACAAGAGCGACAAGAGAUUUAUACACAGUAAUGGAAGUACAGUAUCGCACAGUGACAUACAGCUCAUCGAAAGGCUGGGAUCUGUAAAUGAUUUUGACGUAAACGAGGUAGAAAAGGACAAAUCUAUCAAGGGUUGCGGACACACCACGAUAAAAUCACAAACGAACGGUUCGGUAACGGGUAAAUGGAAUAACGUGAAAGAAAGUCGGGAUUCAUCAUCGACCACCAAUGCCCAACGGGAGCGUAAGACUCGACAGGUUAAAAAUACGAGUGAUAUCACGGCAGAGCAACAGAAACAGCAAGACGAUUAUUAUCAAAGGUUACUGGUGUGUCGCAGGCUCGAGGCAGACAUAAAACGUUUGAAAUCAGAUUUGCAGUCAAGUCGGCAAAUGGAACAAGAAUUACGAUCACAAGUCAAUGUCUUGCUCAACGGAGAGCGACAAGCUAAAGGCGACAUUCAACAACUCCAACAUGAUAAUGAUCAAUUGCAAAGCAAAUUACAUGGUCUAGUAACGGCGCGUCAACUGGAUAAGCAAACAAUGACAUCGUUGGAAAAGCGGGUUGCAGAAGAGCGAAAACAACGUAGUGCAUGCGAAGCGUCCUUGCUCUCCGAACGAAGGGCACGACGAGCUGCUGAAGAGGCACGCUCCGCGAUUCCACCGCCGCCACCUCCGCUUAUUAGACAAGAGUGCACUGACGCAUGUAAAAGUCGAAGAUCUCAAAUGGAACAAGACCUUAAAAGUCUGCGCCGAGAACUCAAAUUAAAGGAAGAAAGGUGUAACGCAUUGGAAAACGACGCAGCACGUUUUAAGGAGAACCACAGAGAAUGUGAAAUUCUACUCUCCGCACUCAAUGCGUUGCAAGAUAAAAACGCACAUUUGGAAAACAGCUUGAGCGCAGAAACACGUAUAAAACUUGAUCUUUUUUCGGCACUCGGCGAGGUCAAGCGGCAAUUAGAAAUCCGAGAAGGCUUAAUCAGAUCUCAAGAGAAAGAAAUUGAGAUGUUGAAAACAAAAAUAGCGCAAGAUUUAGCUGUGAUGCCACAAGACACAUUUGGUCCAGCGCCAACCUGUGCGACGUCCAAGCUCCGUUUAAAUAGUGAAGUGAGAGUAGCAGGAACAAAAAUACGUUCGAAUGAAAGUCCGGGGUGUACCGUGUCGAAUUUGGAUCCGAAUGCGACAGCGUACACGCCUAAAAGUUCCCUUGUAGCGUCGACUGAAGCUUAAGGAACUGCAAUUCUCUCAUCAGAACCCGAUAGUAGGAUACAUCAACUACAAAAGAAUGUUUCAAGUUUCUCCGUGGAAAUAUUCUCAUUCAGUUUACAAGUACGCAAAAAUAUGGAUUUAUCGUUAUCAACUGCUGGAUCUUUUCUGUAUCCAUCUUCUUUAAGACGAGACAUAUUUUUUAUUAUAUAUGGAUCCUCCUAAUGUAAAAGAAACCUGGAAGUCUUCCAUGAGAAACUUCGCGAAACAUGUUUUGUAUCGUGUCUUGUCGUUUCAAAAAGGAAUGGAACCGUUGACAUUACUUAUGAUCAUGCGACGCGGCACUGGUUCUAGAAUGUCAAGGAAAUCCAGUGACAGUCUUAAUUUGUAACAUUUUAUGCUGUAGGUCGAUCUUACGGAUAUAUAACAAUUUAUGAAUAACCAGUGAAUCAUGAACUAUUUCUUUUUACACGUGCAUAAAUAUCGAUAAUAAUGCCUAACAGUUGAAAAAAUCAUAUCUGAUCGUUAGUUUAUAUGUAAGUAAAAUGUGUUUUAUAUUUUAAAAGAGUAUCUCUGAAAGUUUAUCUUAUACAUACAUUUGUCAUAUGCUUAACGUUAUGAUAUAGAUUUUUUGUGAACGUUGUGUACAUUUUUUAAUUAUCUCAGAGCACUCGCGAGUUAUAUGCUAGAAUUCAAAUCGAUCUUUAUGUAAAGUAGCAGGAAAAUGAUGACAGGUAUUUUAUUUUAUCAGCAAAGCCACGGUAAACGAGAAGCUGGGAAAAGUUAAUAUCCAUAUUACGAUCUUCCUGCAGUAUAUGCCUAAACAUACAAUGACUUGUCAAAGAUGCAUUCUUAUUCAAGUCGUAUAACUGAAGCUAGUCCAUCAUACAAACUAUUUAAAUAUCAUUGGCGUGUCGAGCCAUUUUAUGUUAUGCGAUCACCAUGCAGAAAAUAGCCAUUGACAACAUAAAAAGAAAUAUGAGCAUUAUUCAAGAAGGAUCAAAGUAAAUGUCACGACGCCAAAUUUGUUUUAGGUAAUCAUAAGCCGUACGAUGAUACUCUCACAUACACACAUGCGCAUAUUUCUGUGCUUUUAAAUUUUCAUACUUUUAGUUUAAGAAUUUUGUUUUAUGUUAUUGGCUUUCAAAACGGUAUGAAGUGGCCAUUACAUUUUUUGUGUAGGCAAAAGUAUAUAAAUUCCAAUGUGAUAAGAACGAUUGACUCGUAAAACUCGUUAGAAAUGAAAAGAUGUGAUGGCUAACUUGAUCUAAAUUAAAAAAAAAACUUGGCAUUUAUAUAACAAUCAUGCAGGUAAAUGAAACUAUGUAAUGCCGUAUAUAUUUGGUUAAGAAAAAAAGAAGAAUUUAAACGCAAAAUGAUAAUUUUAUUACAAGUACAAAGAUAGAAAAAGUUAUUUUCAUAUUAUAAGAUCACUUUAUUUAAGUAAGAGGAAUAUUUAUUUCGUUAUUUAGCAUUGAAAAAGAGUUGAUAAAACUACAUUGUGACUAGAUAUAAAUAUGGAUAAAGUUCUUUUUUCUUAUGUGACGUCCAUUAAUAUAAUUUCAAAGUUAAAAAGAGAAGUUUUGUUUUCC